GACAAUCGAACCUGAAAUACUCAGACGGGCGACCAAACCCACACGCCCAACACCCGAAACGGAGAUCUCCCGAAGAGGCACCGACGAUGACCGAAUACACCGAACGAGGCCAGAUUCACAACAGGUAUACAAUAUUUGCCACUCACAUGGAAAACCUGUCAGAAUUGGCCACCAUUUAUCCAAAUCUAAAAAUCCUUCACUUUCAUGUCGACAUUAAAAAUAGCCGUAUGGAUUUCAAGUUUCAACUGAAAGAUGGACCACGACAUGUACCACAUUAUGGUCUUAUGUUGGCAGGAGUGGCUGGACUACCUAGUUCAGUUAUAGAGACUGCAGAAAGAAUCACAUCAAGAAUCAUGCAAAAGGAAAUUAAGAGAAUGGAGAUAAAUUGCAAGCAGUAUCACGAUAUCCAAAUGGCUUACCGUGUUGCUCAACGGUUGAUGUGCUUGAAAUAUUCAAACCAAGAUGAAGAUUCUAUCCGGCAAGCAUUGCAGAAUCUCAAAGCAAAUUACCUUAGUGGAGGUUUGUAGUAUUUAGCAACAAACCCAUAACAAAUUGCAGGGAGAAAGGGCCCUGAUCCUGCAGUGGGAAUCCUAAUAUUUGUAUUUUACUAUAUUCACAUUACUAUAACAAUGCAAUUUUACUUUUCCUCAA